AUGUCUAGUCGCGAAGGUUCUCCCGAAACUACUACAGGUUUGAACAAGAAAGAUCUCAAGAAUGAGUCUCCAGCAUCACCUGAUUUGACACAUACAGGUGAAAGAAAUGCAGAGGAAAGCGAAAAAGUUGUAAAUCCUGACGAUCUCAUUGAUAUGAACACAUUUGAGCAAUUAUUGGACAUGGACGACGAGGACGACCACGAAUUCUCUUACAGCAUUGUAAAUAACUACUUUGAGCAAGCAGGAAGCACAUUUGAGGACAUGGGCGUAGCAUUAGAAAAGAAGGAUUUAAACGAGUUAUCUAGACUUGGUCAUUUCCUCAAGGGUAGCUCAGCAGCUAUUGGACUGAAGAAAGUAAAGGCAACAUGCGAAAAGAUCCAAAAUGUUGGUAAUUGUCAAGAAGAAGACGGAACAGGCGAGCUUGACAAAGACGAGGCAUUGAAGCGCAUUACACCAUUGCUGCCGCAAGUAAUGGAUGAGUAUUCAGAAGCUGAGGAAUACUUGAAGAAUUUUUAUGAAGUACAGGAUGCUCGAUAA